GCAUUUCCUUAUAUUUUAAAAGCUAUAAGCUAUAAUUAUCAACAAGUAUAAAAACCUUAUCUAUUUCAUCAAGAUAACGUGGGUUAAAUUUAAACCAACAAAACAUUUUAAUUUGAAAGUUUAGGUUCCAAAAUAUGGGUUAUUAGAGGCAUUGACAAGAAAGAAAGAAGAAUGGCGUUGAUGAGAAGCAUGAUUCGUUCGGCCAUGGCUUUACAACCCUUGCUACCCCGGCCUUGUAUCCUCACGCCCAUUCACAUUGCCUCUCGCCGCUUUCGUCCUCCGCAACCGCCUACCUCUUGCUCUCACCAUGAAUCGACGCCGUCUCACGACCAUCAAGAACCUUCCGAGGUAUCCAAGAACGGUGGCACCCACGCUGAUUACGAUGAGUGGCUCGCAUUGGAUCAGAAGGUCAACUCGUAUCCAAGUGUUCGAGGGUUCACCGCAAUUGGAAUUGGAGGUGAUGAUUUUGUGCAAGCCAUGGUCCUUGCCGUUCAAUCUGUCAUCCAACACCCAAUUCCUCAGGGAUGUGUGAAGCAGAAGUCAUCAUCGGGGGGCAAAUAUGUAUCUGUAAAUAUUGGACCCAUUGAAGUUGUUUCCAGUGAGCAGGUCAUUUUGGCUGUUCUUUCCUUUUCUCCCUUUCAAUACUGGAAGAGUAAAUAUUCAUAGCUUAUUUUUACCUGGGUGGAGGGUCCAAGCUGUAUAUAAUGCCAUGAGAAGGGAUGACAGGAUGAAAUACUUUUUAUAAUAAGUCAGAUUCUAUUUUUAGAUAUCAAGGUAUGUCUAAUCAUGGCUGCUUUCUACUUAGGUCAAUUUUAUUCUCUAAUUAACCCAGGAUAACCAAUACAUAUCCCUGUAGUAAUCAGGAUGAAAGUUGGUUAUGUUUUUAUAUUCUCUGAAGAUGUGGCACACCAACUGUAUGACUUCCUAGUAUUAGUUUUGAUAGUAUAAUAGAUAUUGUUAAUUCCCUUUUAUUGAUGACCUGGUUUUAGUUAAAACUAUAAAAGAGCUUCUUUCAUGUAUAAAUAACUGGAUGUCAUGUCAUCCUGAUAUUUUUAGUAUUUUUAGUAACUACUCAAAUUUGAGUUUUUGUAAAAUGAAAAAUAGUUGUAGGAGAGAUAAUCUCUAUUGUAAGUCGACUCGGUUGAUUUAGAUUAGUCACGUUUCAAUUUGCUUC